AGCAGAGGGCGGCAGAGUGACUGAAAUAACAUUCUCAGUACAAUCUCUUGGUAGCUACAAGCAAGGCCAUCAGAUGGCAGUGUGCAUCCGUCGUUUUGCAGCGGAGAAGGUGAACCGGACAUUGAACAAACAGAGAACGUUUCCUGAAAAACAGAGAAGGUUUCCAAACGCUCUGCAACACAAUGUGAGAGUGGGGAAACCUGCUGCUCGGCUCGAGAAGGUGCUGCAGGUGGAAGCUAUAAGAUGGCUGUCGAUGCAAGUGGGUCGCCCCGUUAGAAUUGUGGCUGAACUUUGGAACAGCGAUGAUAGCAGACGCGGAGAUGCCCGGCAGAGAUUCGUGCCAAAAGGAGAAUGAAAGUCACUCUGAGUCUGACAACGACCUGGAGAAUCAGAGGAGGGGAAGUCAAAGCACCACUGCUUCGUGGAAGAGACGGAGGGACCAGUCUGAGAAAAGCCGGCGGAGAUCAUCAACCACAAGAAGUUGUCGCAAGAUUCGAUCAAACGGACGCCAGCAGCAAGAUGAGGUUGAGGCCGUCACACUGUUUGAGGUGGUCAGGAUGGGCAAGAGCGCGAUGCAGUCUGUAGUUGAUGACUGGAUUGAAGAGUAUAAACAAGACAGAAAUACUGCCCUCCUGGAUAUCAUCCUCUUUUUUAUCCAGUGUUCAGGAUGCAGAGGAAUGGUUACAGCUGAGGUUUUUCAAAAUAUGCAUAGUCCUGACAUUAGGAGAAAAAUGACUGAGGAAUUUGAUGAGGAGACUGGGUUACAGUACAAGAAGUUUAUGGUGUAUCCCUGGAUAUUGAAUGUCACAUGGCCAAUUGAAAUGGACAGUGGGGAUUAUCCACUGACAAUGACGGGACCCUAUUGGAAGAAGUUCAAGUCCAACUUCUGUGAAUUUAUCUCUGUGUUGAUUCAGCACUGCCAGUACACCAUCAUACACGAUGAAUAUCUGAUGGACACAGUCAUCUCCCUGCUUGCCGGCCUCUCCGAUUCUCAAUUGCGGGCAUUCCGACAUACAAGUACGCUCGCAGCUAUGAAAUUAAUGUCGGCGUUAAUCAACGUGUCUCUGAGCCUGAGGGUACAGCUACACAAUGCCCAACGACAGUGUGAAGUGGAGAAGAAUAACAGAAGCCACAACCGUGGGCUGGAAGCAUUGGUGCAGAAGAAGGCAGAGAUUUUAGAGAAGCAGGAGAAUAUUGAAAACCUGAUGGAUGCCAUUUUUAAAGGAAUCUUUGUCCAUCGAUAUCGUGAUGCAUUGUUUGAAAUCAGAGCCAUUUGUAUCGAGGAAAUAGGUAUCUGGAUGAAGACCAGCAGCGAUCGCUUCCUGACUGACAGCUACUUGAAAUAUGUGGGGUGGACUUUGCAUGACAAACAAAGUGACGUGAGAUUGAAAUGCCUGAUUGGAUUGGUGAACCUGUACUCUGACAAGGAGUGUUGUACAAAGAUGGAUCUCUUCACCUGUCGUUUCAAGGAUAGGAUCAAGUCAAUGAUAUUGGACAAAGAAAGUGACGUUGCCGUACAAGCAAUUAAGGUGUUAACUCUCAUGAUGCAGAACUGUGACGAAGCCUUGUCAUCAGAAGACUGCAAACAGCUAUACCAUUUUGUUUACUCUGCGCACAGACCUGUUGCCUUGGCAGCUGCAGAGUUCUUGCAUUGGAAGUUGUUCUGCAGUCAGGACUCUGAAGUGCCAGAUGAAGUGCAAGAGAGAAAGGAUACGCAGCACAUCAGCCACUUGAAGACUCUGGUGAACUUCUACCUGCAGAGCGAGGGAUGUACACAUUCAGCCUACCUCGUUGACAGCCUCUGGGACUCUUCGGCAGUUCUACUGAAGGAUUGGGAGUCUAUGACGGCUCUACUGCUGCAAGAUGUCGGGCCAGAGGAAGAAGCCUUCACUGAUUUGCAGAAGGCGGCAUUGGUUGAAAUCAUGCUGAGCUCAAUACGCCAGGCAGCCGAGGGUCUCCCGCCUGGAGGCAGGUGCUUAGGAAAGAAGGUUCAGAUGGGAAAGGAGAGAAAGUCACAUCUCGACGAUCGGGCGAAGCUGACGGAACAUUUCAUCGUGGCACUUCCACAGCUGCUGGCCAAGUUUUCCACUCAUGGGGAGAAAGUAAUUAAAUUAAACCUUCUACAAAUACCGCAGUAUUUUGAUCUGGAGGUUUACAGCACUUUGCAACUGGAAAAGCAUUUGAACACCCUACUGAAGCAGAUAAAGGAGAUAGUGGAGCAGGAGGUGGGCUCUGAGGUUUUGGAGUUCUGUUCGAAGGCAUAUCUGUUCCUCAGUAAGGAAGAGCUGGCUGCUCAUGAACAAGUAGAACUUGCGAAAAGCCAACUGUUCGACCAGCUCGUGGGAAAGUUCAACCUGCUGCUGAAAGACUUUCUUCACAAGGGUGACCGGUUUGACGAGGAUGAAUCUUACCAAAUGUGGUCCACGCUGAAGAGAAUAACUACCUUCCAUAAUGCUCAUGAUAUAACUCGGUGGAACCUGCUGAAUAGCACCUGUAAGCUGCUGAAGAGCGGGUUGGAGGAUGGCAAUGUCACUGAGCCGAUCAUUAUUCAAGCCAUAAAGUGCAGCUACUUUCACAUCAUGUGGCAACUAUCCAAAGUAUCUGAAGGCAUUUCCCCUCAGAGCAUGCAAGUGCUGGUGGGGAAGCAGAUGAGGGGAUUCUGUUACAUUUGCAGACGGUACCUGACCAAUGUCAGCAACGUGGUCAGAGAGCAGGCCUUUGUGAUCCUUUGUGACCUCCUGCUGGUCUUUAGCCACGAGGUGCUGUCCAGUGGCCACGAGAACAUUGAGCCCUUUGCCUACGUCCCAGAGGCUUCCUUGCAGUCCGAGCUUGUGGCCUUCGUCAUGGACCAUGUCUUCAUCCCUCAAGACAAUGAGAAUGUCAACAAAGAUGAAGAAUGCAAAGUGGGAAUAUUACACAACAGGAGGAACCUGCUUGCGGCCUUCUGUAAGCUGAUCGUGUUCAGUGUGGUGGAGAUGGACAUCGCCGCUGAUAUCUUUAAACAAUACAUCAAGUAUUACAUCGACUAUGGGGACAUCAUUAAGGAGACGCUCAGCAGGACCAGGCAGAUUGAUAAAAUCCAAUGUGCAAAGACCUUGAUUCAGAGCUUAAAGCAGCUGUUCAGUGAACUGGUGGAAGCUCAAGGCUCCAACGCAACCAGAUGGUCUCAACCCUUCAUCAGCAUCAAGGACUUGGCCAGGCGCUUCUCACUGACCUUUGGCUUGGACCAGUUGAAAGCCAGGGAAGCGAUGAGCAUGUUGCACAAAAAUGGCAUUGAAUUUGCCUUCAGAGAUGUCAAUGCAAAGGGCACCAACCAGCCUCCGUCUAAUCUCGCCUUCCUGGACAUCUUGAGCGAAUUUUCCACAAAGCUGCUGAAAACAGACAAGAGAACAGUAUUCUAUUACCUGGAGAGAUUCAUUACAGACCAGAUGGCCGUAGAGAGUGGAGAGGAGUGGCUGCCACUGGCUGCAUACAGAAGGUCCUUGCUGGACAGCAGGGAUGAUGAUACCACUUCUACAAGCAGUGGAGAUCCUUCCUCCCCAGUGCAACACAGUUCCAAAGCAGCAUCUCUGAAAAGAAGACACCAGACGGAGGACAGCGUUAGUAAUGAGGAGCAGAAAGGGAAGAGCUUACCUAGUUUCCUGAUGUCUCCGCUGACUUCGACAGAACACAGAGAUCAUGAGAGGCACGCGCGACGAGGGAGAGGUUACACGAAGGAGACUGCGAUGGAUCAGGAUGGGCUGCAGUCACUUUGCAGUGAGUAUAAUAACCCCACAAUAAUGGGAAACAACGAGAGAACAGUAACAGAAGAGGCAGCUAAAUCACCCGGCAGUGAUUUUGACGAUUUGAAUGAAGUAUUGGAUAUUGACAAUGACUGAUGUGGACAUGAUGCCAGUGGCAGGAAUAACUCAAGGCACCACCUCCAUCAACAUUUCAAUUGUGCGCAGUCAAAGGCUCCGAACUCUUCAAAAAGAAUUUAAAAUAUAAACAUUUUGAGAAUUAGAGGACAAUGUAAAACGGUUGGUGGUAAUGUUGCAGUACCGAGAAGCGAAGCACAAUGACCUCACAGAUAACCUUCUGCAGAAGUAUAUCUCCCUUGGGUGGGAUCAUUCUUUGAUGGACAUUUGUUUUCUGCAGCUCACACCAAAACAUUUUAUUUCAUCCUUUCAAAAAUGUUUGAAAACAGUUCCCUGUUCAUGUCACAUAGAAAAUAAGUGCAGGAGUAGUCCAUUCGGCACCGGGCCAGCACCCCCAGCUAAUAUGAUCAUGGCUGAUCAUCCACAAUCAGUACCCUGUUCCGGCUUUUUCCCCCCAUAUCCCUCGAUCCCCUUAGCUCUGUGCUAAAUCUAACUUGCUCCAGUUGUACAAUAUGUGGAAUAUUAUGUUAACAUUCCCAAUCUGCACUUACUAAUGAAGAAUGGUUACUUGGGUAAAGAAAUAGGGAGAUGCUAAUGUCAAUUAAAUCACAUUUGGCAUAACAGCAGAAAAAGGUGACAAAAUGAGCGAAAUAUAUGUCUUUGCAUUUAAUAAUGUAUCAAAACUAACUGUUUUAUUAUGUAUUUACAAAUCAUGAACUGAGUGCCAAGUAAUAUAUAGGACAAUUUUAUCAAAGGAUGCCAGAACUAUAAUUUUAAUAGUUAAUGCACGUGAAGAUGCAUCAGAAUCUGUUAGUCAUGAAUUAUUAACCAAGUGUUAGAAAGACCAGCUCCUGUUGGGGGUUAAGUCUGUGAUUGGCUGAUGAUCUAGGUAAGAGCUGCUAGUGGAGGCAAGUCAGAUGGUCAGAUUAAACUGAGAUAUUUAAAAUUCAGUGAAGCUAGGUUAUUCAAAUGAGGUCCAAGCUUGCUUGAUAAAGGAGAAUGUAAUGGGGAUAGUUGACAAAAGCAAUGGUUAGUAGAUAAAAGCAAAUGUUGAUUUACCAAAAAAACUCCACAGUGCUGGAGUAACUCAGCGGGUUGGGCUGAAAAAGGGUCCCAAUCUGAAACAUUGCCUGUCCAUCUCCUUCAGAGUUGUUGAGUUACUCCAACGCCUUUUUUUUUCAACAAUUGUCAAGUCAAGAGUCAAGAGAGAUUAUUUGUAAUGCCCCAGGUAGGACAAUGAAAUUCUUGCUUGCUGCAGCACAACAGAAUAUUGUAGGCAUAAAUACAGAACAGAUCAGUGUGUCUAUAUACCGUAUAUUUUUCACAUUUAAACAUUUUUCACGCAGAGAGUAGUGAAUCUCUGGAACUCUCUGCCACAGAAGGUAGUUGAGGCCAGUUAGAUGUGGCCCUUGUGGCUAAAUCAGGGGGUAUGGAGAGAAGGCAGGUACAGGAUACCGAGUUGGAUGAUCAGCCAUGAUCAUAUUGAAUGGCGGUGCAGGCUCGAAGGGCCGAAUGGCCUACUCCUGCAACUAUUUUCUAUGUUUCUAUAAUUAUAUAUACGCAUAAAUAAACAGAUAGUGCAAAAGGCUGUUAUAGUUCAGAGUUUGUUUGAAGUUGUGUUUAAUAGUUUGAUGUCUAUGGGGAAGCAGCUGUUCCUGAACCUAGAUGUUGCAGAUUUCAGGCCCCUGUUCCUUCUACCUGAUGGCAACAGGGAGAUGGGUGGGUGGCCAGGAUGGUGUGGGUCCUUGAUGAUAUUGGCAGCCUUUUUGAUUCCUAAUAGAUUAUAAAUUCUGAUUUAACUGUCUAGUGGGUGUAGUCUUGGUCCAGCAAGUCCAAAGUUAUUUCAAAUUCUCCAUAGCCAAUUGAAUUUAAUAUAGCUGGUACAGUAUUUGCAAAAAAAAAACGAAAAUGUCCAUAAAAACUUAAACAGGCGUGCCAAGACCCCCUAGGUUACAGUAUGGCAAUUAAUGCUAGGUCGAUCCUUAACUUUAAAUUGAGAUUGCAACUUUGGUUAUCAGAAAUAUUAAAGGAAGUUUGGGGGAAACUUGUUGAUGUAAAAUUAGAGCAAGGAUUUGCAUUGGUUUUAUUAAAUGGGGGUGGGGAGUGGGGGGUGGGUCCAUGGGGAAAUCAGGCUGAAGAGAUUAAAUGUUCCAAUAUCAAGAAAACCAUCUGUAAAGCAGCCUUGCAAGGGAAUAUCUGUCAGUAACAACCCAAGCAGCCAACUAACAGUGUACUCAACACAGAAAACUCCACCAUUGUAACUGCUGGAAACAGUGUAUAUGUUGGCAGCACUAUCACACAGCCAAGUCAAGCAACAGCCUGAUGUGGUUUAGAUCUGUCGACCAGCCAGAAUCUUACAUUUCAGUUUCCAUCCAUGGGUAUAACUGGCUCCCAGGGCUAAUGUGGUAAAUAAUCAUAUAAAUUUAGCUCUGGGAGUCUUCAAUAUUGAUCGUUGAACCAUUAGUUUCAAGUCAAUAUAUAUAUGCCUCACCCACCCUCUUCCUGCCCAUUCCACAAAUUGCUAAAUAUCAAAUUUGUCCCAGUAAACCUUUUUACUGAAAAAUGUGAGGUUAUCCACUUUGGCGGCAAAAACAAGGGAGCAGAUUAUUAUCUCAAUGGGGUUAGGUUAGGUACAGAGAGACCUGGGUGUCCUUGUACACCAGUCACUGAAAGUUGGCGUGCAGGUACAGCAGUCAGUGAAGAAAGCUAAUGGAAUGUUGGCCUUCAUAACACGAGGAUUUCAGUAUAGCAGUAAAGUGGUUCUUCUGCAGUUGUAUAGGGCUCUGGUAAGACCACACCUGGAGUAUUGUGUACAGUUUUGGUCUCCCUAAUUUGAGGAAGGACAUCCUUGUGAUUGAAGCAGUGCAGCGUAGGUUCACGAGAUUGAUCCCUGGGAUGGCAGGACUGUCAUAUGAGGAAAGAUUGAAAAGACUAGACUUGUAUUCACUAGAGUUUAGAAGGAUGAGGGGGAAAUUUUAUAGAAACAUAUAAAGUUAUAAAAGGACUGGACAAGCUAGAUGCAGGUAAAAUGUUCCCAAUGUUGGCCGAGUCCAGAAACAGGGGCCACAGUCUUAGAAUAAAGGGGAGGCCAUUUAAGACUGAGGUGAGAAAAAAACAAAAACGUUUUCACCCAGAGAAUAUUGAAUUUGUGGAAUUUCUUGCCACAGAGGGCAGUGGAGACCAAAUCACUGCAUGGAUUUAAGAGAGGGUUAGAUAGAGCUCUAGGGGCUUGUGGAAUCAAGGGAUAUGGGGAGAAGGCAGGCACGGGUUAUUCGAAAAUAGUUGCAGGAGGAGGCCAUUCGGCCCUUCGAUUGGGGACGAUCAGUCAUGAUCGCAAUGAAUGGCGGUGCUGGCUCGAAGGGCCGAAUGGCCUCCUCCUGCACCUGUUUUCUAUGUUUCUACAGAAACUACAGAUGCUGGAAUCAUGAGCAAGAACACAAAGUGCUAGAGAAACUCAGCAAGUCCUGAAGGGAACAAAGACAAUUGGGGUUGGGACUCUUCUUCAGAUCGUAAUGGAAAUAAUGCAAGGACAUUAAAUUUAAGCUCCAUCCCACUUCUCCUCUUAGUUCAAGUGGAUAUAUCUACGGCAUGUUUUGAAGAUUAGUAAGAUUAUUUCUCCCCUCUUACUCCACCUAAAUCAAUUAAUAAUAAAUCACAUUGCUGUGAACAAGAUAUUUUGUACAAACAAUGGCUAUCCUAUAGGUCUACAUAGCAGCAGCCUUUAAAGAAAAACCUUGAGUGAUUGAAUGUUCAGUCAGGGCUUUGCAAAGACAUUUUCAACUUUGAAUUUAUUUUUGUUUUACACAAAGCACUUUGGACUGAUCCAUUUCAGUACUGUCUCCAAUAUACAAAUACCAGUUUUAUAACCCGGAGAUUCGAGUAGCCAUUUAGAUGACUUUUUGGAGGUUGACCUCACACAGAGCAGGAAAACUAUGAAAGCUUCAACCAGGUUACAAGGGAAAGGUUUUUGUUUUAAAUCCAUAGGAAGAGGAGACCGUACCUUUCUUUGUUUUCAAUUAAAGAAGUCAUGGCUAUAUGCCGGUCGAAUACCUCUCCAAGGUGUAAUGUGUGACAUGGGCCCGAGGCUAUUGUGCCCCAUAAAUUACAGUGAAAUGGCCAUAUCACCGCCUCAAGCAGUGCAUUAAAUAUCUCCCCUGCCUCCUCAUUAAGAGCACAAUUGCAGGCCUCGAUGGUGGAAACUGAGGGGGGAGUGGGCUGCAUUUGACACAUUAUUUGCAUACUGCAUUGACGUGUGGAAAUGCAGAGGCCUAAGAAUCAUUGCCAAAAUAAUGUUAUACUAUAUUUGGGCCCCUUUACGUGGAAUUAAAUGAACUAUUAAAAAAAAAUCAAAAAAUUUAUUUAAGUGGUCGAAACCAAAACAGUCUUCAUAACUGCUUCAUAAAGGAGGAAGCUGAAGAUAAAUUGAUUCAUCGCACAUUUAAACAAAGGGAAAGGUAAUUGAAGAAAGACAGUUUAGAUUAAAUUACAUUUCAGAAUGAGAGUGCCCAUGCUUUGGGAGAGGUUGUGUCAGCAAAUUCAAGGUGGCUGCAUUUAGUUAAAGACAAUGAUUGAUGUAUUAAAAGACACAGAAUGGCUUGUUGGAAGAAUUUCAAGUAAUGAUUCUUUCCCAGACUCCAGCAUUUGCCCAGUGGGUCCUUCACCCUGGCCACUGUUAAUCAUAUUGUUCAACAGCUUGGGUAUUUAAAUAUCAUUGUAUUUUGAUUUACUGGAAGGAACUGCAUCUCAGUCCUCAAAAGAACAUGUAGUUUGAAACACUGAAUGAUCAGUUGAUUUGUGUGAUAAGCAGACCUUCUGUGGGAAAUUAAAUUUAAACUAAACAAGUGCACCAGAAUGAGAUUCUCCUAAACAUCUGUGUACGACAAAUCUAAUAGCUUAAUAAAGGUUACCCAAGUUUUGAGAUUCAAUAAGCAUCUUGCGUCUCAAAGUCCAUCAAUUUCCAUUGUAAAUUCAAGGAAUUGAUGAGCAACUUGGUGUAUACUUUGACGAAAGUAGAGAAAAAUCUUCAUGAAAAAAAAAUGUACCUGGAAUUAUUUUGUUUUCAAUAAUCAUUAAUUGGGUUGUGUAUUCAAAUUGAGCCUAGAAUUUGGAUCCACCAGUGUGUGUUUUUCAGAAGCAAAUUGGAUGUAAAAGCGAUUUUACCUGGGGCAGAUUGAGCUAGUGAUCAUUUCUGGGGGAAUUCAUGCUCCUUGGGAAAUUAGCUUGGCUAUUUCCAUGUGCAAUUUGCCUUUGUGUCUCCGACGUUUUCCCAACUUUGUUUACACGACAGAAGUUGUGCACAUUUUCUCUCCUGCAGGCAUAAAUAACCUGCAAGAUGGUGCCAGUGCUUGGUGACUGUGUCCUCUUACCAAAGAAGGAUCUACUAGCAUUUAAUACAAUCAGUCUUACUCUUUUUAAAUAGCUUUUAUCUAUUGUACUCGAGUUUGAUGCGAUUGUAUAUAUGUAUAUAGAUUAUCUGAUCUGAUGGGAUAGCAUGUAAAAGUAAGCAUUUCACAGCACCUCUGUACUUGUAACAAUAAUAAAUCUCAAUCUAAAUUGGAUAGUUUGGAUACAAACUUGCAUAAAGAAAACUAUUGCAUUGUUGUAUUUGCAUCUGCUCAGCGGGAUGCCUCUUUAGGCAACUGUGAGAGCUGACUGGGCAACUACGGAACUCACUGCAGGCUCUUUAAACACCUUCCAAAGUUCAGCACAUGCAUAAACUAAGAGGGAUUGCUUUAUUUAGCUUUAAGCUGCUGACAUGGUCAUUCCAUGGGUGCCAUGGUCAUGACACCAUCACCAACAGUGCAUUUACAACCUUUCUAGCUGAGCGUGGCAUGGUUUGCAGGAAUGCCAACAGCUGCCACUAUAGCGUCAACGCUCAAUGAUGGAUGUGCCCUUUAAUAUGGACGGAUUUCAACAGUAGCCACAUAUUCAGAAUAGCUUAUGACAGUGAAAAUAAAAUGAACAUUUUCUGCACCAGAAAACAAUCUUUUCAGUAUAAUACCUACACACAGGUUUUGGGUGCCUGUGUGAUUGCAUGAUUUUUGUUGCUUUACCCUUAACCUUGAAAUUCCUAACGAGAUUGUAACAUUCUUCUGCACGGGCAUAAUUUUAGAAGAAUUCUUAUUAUUGGCAAGAGCCUGUGGCUAUCUCUACGUUUUAGAGAUACAGCACGGAAACAGGCCCAUCAGUCCACUGGAUCCGCGCGGACCAGCGAUCCCUGCACUAUCCUACACACACCAGGGACAUUUUACAUGUAUACCAAGUCAAUUAACCCACAAACCUGUACUUCUUUGGAGUGUGGGAGGAAACCGGAGCACCUGGAGAAAACUCACACAGGUCACAGGGAGAAUGUAUCAACUCCGUACAUGAUCGAACCUCGGUUUCUGCCGCCGUAAGGCAGCAACUCUACUCCUGCGUCACCGUGCCGGCCUGGUGGGUCUCCUCCCAUCAAUGUCACACUGCACCACACUCCUUACAUCCCUGUCACCAUGGCUUCAAUGCCACUCCAGGAUUGUGAUACGCUCUCUCCUUUUCCAAAACAGCCACAAUGUAUUGCAUGGCUGCCAUAGAGUGUGCGACUCAAACUGAUGCCCUACUCUUAUUGCUGUGCAUUCAAUAGUUCCAGAUCUUUUUAAAAUUUGGACCAACGUGAUAUUUAAAUUUUAAAUUGAUUUGGCACUGCUAUCAGGAUUAAAAGAGCUCUUCUGUUGAAAUUAAGGACCAGCUAAACCUCUGGAGAAUCAUCAUCUUAGAUUCCAAAUAACAAUGCUUAAUUAGGCUAAUAUAGCUAUAAGAAGCUUAGGGACUACCAUUACUGAAAUGUUAAAUUUUAAAUCAUUUUCAUCUAAUCUGUGCAUUUCAUCCAAUUAAGUUCAAAUUGCAGGAAACUCACCUUGCAUAUAUGUUAAGUGACUGUAAUUCUGUACAUCAAUAAUGAAAUAUGUGAUUUUUCACUAUAAAACAAAUGUUAUGUUUUAGAAAAUGUAAAUAACAUUUAAGACGUCAGAGGGUCCUUGGCACAGUGUAACUAUUCUUGAAGAUAGUAUUUCAGGUAGAUGGUUAUACAUAUAAAAUUAUAAAAGGACUGGACAAGCUAGAUGCAGGAAAAUAUUUCCCAAUGUUGGGCGAGUCCAGAACCAGGGGCCACAGGCUUAGAAUAAAGGGGGAGGUCAUUUAAGACUGAGGUGAGAAAAAGCUUUUUCUACCCUAGAGUUGUGAAUUUAUGGAAUUCCCUGCCACAGAGGGCAGUGGAGGCCAAGUCACUGGAUGGAUUUAAGAGAGAGUUAGAUAGAGCUCUAGGGGCUAGUGGAGUCAAGGGAUAUGGGGAGCAGGCAGGCACGGGUUAUUGAUAGGGGACGAUCAGCCAUGAUCACAAUGAAUGGCGGUGCUGGCUCGAAGGGCUGAAUGUCCUCCUCCUGCACCUAUUCUCGAUGUUUCUAUGUUAGGAAGGCAUGUGGGAUAUUGGCUGCCUUUAGUUGGGGCUUUGAUUCAAAGAGCUGAAAGGUUAUACUCCAACUUUACAAAACAUCAGUCAGACCUCAUAUGGAUUACCAGUGCUGGUCAUCAGGAGAAAGUGGAGGGGC